CCGCCAAUCAGCAUGCGCGGUGGGCGGGACAAAGAGCGAAGCCGGGGCCGGAGCCAUUUUGUCGCCGUCACCGUCCCGCCGAGAGGGAGCGCGGGGCCGCGGCUGUUCGAGAUGGUGAAGCUGUUCAUCGGGAACCUGCCGCGGGAGGCGACGGAGCAGGAGAUCCGCUCCCUGUUCGAGCAGUACGGGAAGGUGCUGGAGUGCGACAUCAUCAAGAACUACGGCUUCGUGCACAUCGAGGACAAGACGGCGGCCGAGGACGCCAUCCGGAACCUGCACCACCACAAGCUGCACGGCGUCUGCAUCAACGUGGAGGCCAGCAAGAACAAGAGCAAGGCCUCCACCAAGCUGCAUGUGGGCAACAUCAGCCCCGCCUGCACCAACCUGGAGCUGCGCGCCAAGUUCGAGGAGUACGGCCCCGUCAUCGAGUGCGACAUCGUCAAGGAUUACGCCUUCGUGCACAUGGAGCGGGCGGAGGACGCGGUGGAGGCCAUCCGCGGGCUGGACAACACCGAGUUCCAAGGCAAGCGGAUGCGCGUGCAGUUGUCCACCAGCCGGCUGCGGACGGCGCCCGGGAUGGGAGACAAGAGCGGCUGCUACCGCUGCGGGAAGGAAGGGCACUGGUCUAAGGAGUGCCCGGUAGAUCGCCCGGGGCAAGUGGCGGACUUUGCCGAGGCCUAUAACGAGCAGAACGGAGCCGUGCGCACUCCCUACACCGCGGGCUAUGGGGAGACCGUGUAUUACGAUGAGGCGUACGGCGGGAUGGCCGACUACUACAAGCGCUACCGCGUCCGCUCCUACGCCACGGCCUCUGCGUACGACGCCUACGCGGAGCAGACCAUGGCCCAGUACUCCCAGUACGCCCAGUACUCCCAGGUCCAGUCCUCGGCCAUGGCCGCCACCACAGCCAUGGCCAGUCGCAUCCCCACCACCUUAGACGCGUACGAUAGAGCUCUGCUGCCGACCCCGGGCGCGGCGGCCGCCGUCGCCGCUGCCGCCACCGCCGCCGCGGCGGCCGCCUCCUCCACCUAUUACACCCGGGAUAGAAGCCCCCUGCGCCGCACGGCCGCCGCGGCCACCACCGUCGGAGAGGCGUACACGUACGAGCGUGGGCAGCUGUCGCCGGUCUCCUCGGUGGCCCGGGCCUCCCUCUACGACAUGCAGCGGUUCGAGCGGGACCCUUACGGGGAGCGAGCGCGGUACUCUGCCUUUUGAGCCAGAGGUGAGCGCUGCCGGAGCCCCGGUGCUACAGACGGCAGAGCUCGGCUCCCACCCGCAGCCGCGGUGUUCACUGGGGACGCUCGGCUGAUACCGGGCACCGCGGCGGCCGUCGGGGUCCGUCUGGGGCUGCUGGUGCUGGCGGGUGACGGCUCUUCCCCCGGCAGGAGGCACCGCCGCGGUGGAGCACCGCGGAGCACUGGGGACCCGCCGCUGCCGCUGGAGGCCCCCUCCCUGGGACGCCACCGCGUCAGGUCAGACGUGCCCCGGGCCACCGCCGCCGUCACCGCCGCCGCCGCGCUCCCUCUCCCGUCACCGGGGCUGCGGGGGGGAGAACGCGGAUCCCCCCCUUCUCUUGCACCGGAGCGGGCACCGUCGCCACCGUCACCGCCGCGUCCCCGUCUGUCCCGCUGUCUGUCCGGCCGGCCGUUCCCCCCCCAGCACCGCUGGCGGCCCCGGCCCCUCUCUCACCUCUCUGCUCUCUUCCAGGUCCGGCGGCCUCGGACGGAGC